GAAGGAAGCGGAGGCGCAGAGGGACCCUGCGCGGGCUGGAAAAGCCCCGGCGGGGAUCUCUGUCUCCGCUCAGCCGCUUCCUGCGGGGCAGGGCCGGGGCAACAGCCAGGGGCUGGUACCCAAGGGUUAUGUAACGGCGCCAGCCGCUCCCGGAGACCCCUAGCUGGGGCGACCCGGAGCCUGCACUCCAGGGAGCCCGAGGGCUGUGCCGGGGGCAGCCCGGCAGGAGCCCAGAGGAAGGAAUCCCGUGCGGGGACAGGGCACGGCCAGAUCCCGAGAACGGGGGCCCGGGCGGCCUAUGGAGAGGGGAGUGGGGUGGGCUGACCCCGCCGAGAGGCACCUGCCUGCGCAGCCCCCCUCCGGUCCCAGCCCCCCCACCCAGCUGCCUGGGCGCAGCCCCCACCCCCACAGUCCUCAGCUUCACCCCAGCUGCCUGGACACAGCCCAGACCCCCUGCCGCCCCCUCCAGCUGCCUGGGCGCAGCGCAGACCCCCUGCCGCCCCCUCCAGCUGCCUGGGCGCAGCCCAGACCCCCUGCCGCCCCUCCCCAGCUGCCUGGGCGCAUCGGAGACCCCCUGCCGCCCCCUCCAGCUGCCUGGGCGCAGCGCAGACCCCCUGCCGCCCCCUCCAGCUGCCUGGGCGCAGCGCAGACCCCCUGCCGCCCCCUCCAGCUGCCUGGGCGCAGCGCAGUCCCCCUCCCUCCCCGCUCCUGUUUACUCUCGUCCCGCCUUAGCCUAGUUUGGAAAUGCAGCAGAGCGCUGCGCUCCCCCAUUGGCUGCCCGGGGCUGUCAGUCGGGCGCCGCGCGGGGUCCGGCCAUAUGCUAUAAAGGCGGCGAGGGCGCAGCCGGCUCCAGACCCGCGGAGCCGCGAUCGCCGCGUAGCGUCCACACCAGGCCCGCCCCGCGCAGCGCCAUGAGCCAGCUCAGCUCCAAUGAGUCCCCAGCCCCCAGCCAGGCUCCCGGCCGUGAGGAGAAAGCCAAAGCCGGGAACACCAAGAAGGUGGAGGAGGAGGAGGAGGAGGAGAUAGACAUUGACCUGAACGCGCCCGAGACUGAGAAGGCAGCGCUUGCCAUCCAGGGCAAGUUCCGUCGCUUCCAGAAACGGAAAAAGGACCCCAGCCCCUGAGCAGCUCUGCCACCCUGUCCCCACCGUCCCCCAUCCCCCCUCUGCCAGCACAACCCGGCUCGCCCCGUGUUUGCUCGCUCCUGCCCUGCCCAGCCCAACUUGGGCUGUUGGUAUUUUGCACGUUCUAUGUACCUGGUUUCGGGGGACGAGGGGCUCCCCAGACCCAGCUGCACCCACAUGCCGAACUCCUGCCUGGGAAAGCGGGGCAUCCUCUUCUUAUAGCCAUGAUGUCGGCACGGCAGGCUCCUGGUGCCAUCCUCAGAAAGCCAUGAAGGGGCCACGGGCCCCAGGCUGGACAGUGCCUCCUGGGGGCCUCAGGCCAAGGUAGGGGCAGCCCUGGGAGAGUCCUGGGCUGGAAUUCAGAGCCAGCUGGACAUAACUGCCCAUUAGCCCUGGCUAAGCCAACUCCUGGCAUGAGGGGUUCUGCUCUUGAGCACCCCCCCAUCCUGAGUGGACACCCCUGAGCCACCCCACCCUGACCUAAGGGGGGGCUGCCCCUUAGCUCCCCUACACCCCCAUCCUGAGCAGCUUCCCAUCAACCCCGGCCCAUGGGGCCACCCACUCCCACCAGGGACCCUGACUGGGACAGCCAGAGGCCCAGGACCAGAUGGGGGGUGGGGGUACAGAGCCAUGCAGGGGGAGGGGAAGGGCCAUAAAGCCAGAUGGGGGGGAUCAGAGCUGAGUAGACCCAGGACCACGAGGGGCAGGCAGGGCUAGUGGGUGGAGGACAGGGCCUAUGGCCAGGCCAGGAGGGGGAAGGGCCCUAGGUGGGGUGUGUGUACUGCAGGAUGCCCCCCAGUCCCGUGGGACCAGGCCUGAAUUGCAGAUAAACAGGGCAGGCCCCACCAAAUGUCUAGGCUCCCCCAGGGCCAGGCAGGGGAGGGGGUCUGGGGCCAGGAGAGGGGCAAGGUCACCUUUCCCGCCAGGAUUUUCUUAGACAACAUGGGGGCCGGAGGCAGCUGGUGACCCCUCCCCUGGGCUGGUGUUGCCUGGAGCCGUGGACAGAGAUGACUGUGGGGUGGGGGUGGGGGAUGUCCAGGCCCUGCUGGGGAGCAGGAGCCAGGCUUUGAUCUGCUUCGGCCGGGUGGGGAGCUCCUGCUCUAAGCCCCACGUAGCGAGCACACGAUGUGUCCGUACUGGCUCCUUGGAGAACCCUCCCCACUGCGAACAAGGGGGACUCCCCCCGAGUGGAAACGCCCUCCCCCAUUGGGGGACAAUGGGGAUCCCUUCCCACACAGAACAAUGGGGAUCCCCCCGACUGGGAACAGUGGAGAUCCCCAUCCCCCCACUGUGAAUGAUGGAGACCUCCUGUCCCCCAAUUAGAACAAUGGGGAUACCCCCUACUGGGAACAAUGGGAACUCCCUUCCCCCCCCCCCCGACUGGGAACAAUGGAGACCCCUGUCCCCCAUUGGGAAGAAGGGAGACUCCUGAGCGCAAUGAGCAUGGCUGGGUGCCAAGGUGUGGGGAGGGGGAGGGCACUGGGGUGCUAGGGAUUGGGGCGCAGGGCACAGCUGUGAGCAGGAGGAGGUAGCAGAAGGCAGCCGGAGUGAGGGGGUUGGUGGGUCGGAGAUGAGGGCUGGACAGGGAGAAAGGAACAAGUGAGCCAGAGCUGGAGGGGGUGGCAUUCCCCAGUGGGGCUAGCAGAGGGGAGCUCCAGGCACUGGGAGCCCAUGGCACUGCACCCCGUCCCCCCCAAUUAAGAGAGGCACUGAGUCCCCCCCAGCUUAGGCAGGAGUCCUAGGUACUCCCCUCCCCCCGCUUCCAGGGCCCCAGUCCAUGCAGCGUCUCAGCCGUCUCAGCUGUCCCCCUCCACCCGUGCCCCUCUCAAGCGUUGGGCUGACACCGUCCCACUGUUGUGCCUCCUGCUGCUGGCACAGCCCCCCCAGCACUGUAAGGCCUCGGUGUUCCCCAGCAUUGGAUUCAACCCGCAUCUACCCCCAGCCCGCCAGGAGCUGCAGCCCGAGCACCAGGGAGCGCUGUGCAGCUGUGCGCGAUUGGAGGGGCCAGGCCGCACCGUCCCCUGGCCGUAGCACUGGGGGGACGAUGCGGCCCGCAGGGCGGACACAGCUGCUGCGAGGACUGGCUCUUUUAGCAUGUUUACGUAAUAAAACGUCUGGGAACAGUG